AUGCAGCAGGAGGAAAAGAGAGAAAGGCAAAGGGGGAUGAACAGAGAAAAAUAUAGGGAGGGGCAAGAGUUUGAAAAGUGGGAGGAGUGGGAAAGGGAAGUUAGUUACAGAGGGGAACAGGUUGAGCUGUCAUUCAAUGCCAAGAAUAGAAAAGGGCCUGCAAGUCCCGGUACAGCCCCCACAAACAGCGAGAACUGUCAGGGACUGCCAACAUUACAUACCUAUUCAGAGAGUUUGCCUACCACCAGACAGCCACAGGAACAACAAAGUCGACAGAAACUUUCUUCUCAUCGAGACAAGAGUGGUGGUCCAACCAGGCGACUUCAGAAUCCUGCUCCACAGAACAAGUUCAGUCCUGGAUCGGUCACAAACAGGCCUGGCCGCAGUUCAAGCUCUAGCAUGGGAAGUGAAUUGGAUGAGGCGGACAAUGAAGUGAAGUGGCUCACAGAUGUGGCUUUUCGUAGCCUGUCCAGCCCUGAGGUAGAUUACCUUGAUAUGUACAACUCCAGCCACCGAUCAUCUACCAACAUAUCCCAGCCAUCUACUCAAGAGAGCCCAGCUGGGAUUAGUGGUGCUUGGCCAACCUAUGCCGAUUUCAGGGGUUCUGCAUCAAAGCUGGACAGUGAUGACCUUUCAUUCCAGCAGCAUUCUCUCUACCAUUCGGAUGGAAUUGAUCCAGUCCCCUGCUAUGAGAUGGGAAGCUUUGAGUGCAUUGACGUGGCUGUGGAAAAAGAAGAGUCAAGAAAUGUCAGAAGAGGAGUGCCAAAGAGACAGAUCCAGUUGAAAAGAAAGGAGAGCGUGGAUGACAGCAGUGAAAAUAACAGUCCGGGUCUUCCCGUGAUGGAAAACAGCCCCUCACUUGAAAGGCCUUCAACAGGGGAAUUGCUGAGACAAUACAGUACUCCAGCAUCAGGCAAAGAAGGCUACACUCCUGAACCCAGCCCUGACCCUGAGCAAAAUGAACAAAAAUUCAAACUUCAAAAGUCUAGUUCUCUGGAUGAAACAUGCUCUAAAACAAAAAUGGCCACUUGCCUUAUCAAGAGUGUUUUGUCAAAGAAGAUGCAAAGUGCUGACAAAAAGCCUGAUGAGCCAGAGGAAGAUGAAGGAAACCCAGUUUUGGGGGGAAAUGACAACACUGAGGAGCUACAGGACUGUGACAACGUAAAUACCUUCCUGCAGUCUGACUACAGUCAUCCCUGCAGAGGUUUGGGUGCGACAGUAGAACACAGUCAAAGCAAUGGCAUCAGACAAGCAAAUAACUAUCAAGAAAAAUCAAAAAAACAACCAAGUUCAAACAGCAGCAACAGAAUUACUAACCUUUCACACAGUGACAACCAACAGUGGGGUUCUCAAGAAGGCAAUACAACCUCACCAGCAUCUGAAAUAAGAUCCGAACAUAGAGUGCCUUCGGAUAGCUCACUGCCAAGAGGUAAAAUACAACAUAUAGAUGAUGGCAAGCUAUUGCAUCAAAGCAAAGGAGGAGACUCACCAAAUGUCUUUGCCGGGAACACGGGAGCCCCUUCAGUGCAAGCCAGGAAGGCAAGCCAACAUCAGGAAUGUGAAAACACAGAGGUUCAUAAACAAGUGCAACAGGGUGACAAGCGCCGCCACAUGAUACAGAAAACAGAGGAGACCAUACUUCAUGGGGACAAGAAAAAGAAAGCAUCUCUUAAUGUCUGCCUUACACCAGAUGCAGAAUACAAUCAAGACAUGUCCUCACCAGAUAUGAAUUUCAGACUGAAGGGCGAAAACAUGCAAGAGACCAAUGAAGAUCUUAAAACGGACAAAGAUGAUAUAAAUGACGAAAGUAAAGUCAAGGGCCCUAUCCACAAAGUUAGAGAUGUCAGAAGACUUAUAAAGAAUACAUAUAAUCUGACUUUCAAAGCAACCAGCUGUGUAUCACCCCCAGACAUCACCGAGGACCGGAAUGAACAAUUAAGUGGGACAAACAAGGAGGGAAUUGAAGAGGAAGGAGAAGAAAAGACUGAAGGAAAGAAAGUGGAGUUAGGUCAGGAAAGCACAACUAAGUGCAUAGUGGAGAGGGGUGAAGAAAUAAAAGUGGAGGAGAAAGAUGAACAUUUGUCUAAAUUACCUUCACCACUUAAUCCGAGUGAAGGUAAGCCUCUAUCUCAAGUACAGCCGAUGCAAAUACAAUGUAAGGCAGUAUGCUGGAAAGACAAAAAAAAUCAAAUCAAACACCCUAAAGACCCAGAGAAUCAUGACAUUAAAACAUUGAUCUCUACAAACAGAGAGAAAGGUAAGAACCCCUCACAGGAAGGAUUGCAAGAACCACCAACUUGUGGAGUACCAAAUAAACAGGGCAAACAAGGUUUUAAUAUGCAGACAGAAUCACUGAUGUCAGACAAUGAGGACAAGCCUGUCAUGGUGAGAAGUGACAAAAAAACUCCCAUGUUAGGAAGUCUCCCCAAACUGCCAAGUAAGGAAAGAGAAGUGUCCACUGCUGUUGUGGUGAUAAGAGAUGGAUCUAGCCAAGCAAAGACUUGUGUACCACUGCCUCAGGAAGAGGUUCCCACCCUUCUUCAGGUCUCCUCACCCACUGAGAUGACAACCACUGGAAACACCACAAGCAGUAGUAGUCACUCAAUUUCAAUGUUAUUGAAGGAAAAAGGCUACCAAGCUGACAUCGGGGCAAUGGUGGGUAACAGCCAGAAUAAAACUAGGGGGGAAGAUGUCCCGCAAAAACAUGUGAACUGCUUGGAGGUCCCGCUCCAGACGUCUUCAGAUUGUGUAGCUGAGCUGCAUCAAGAGAAGUCAAUGCCUGCAUCAUCUAAUGUUCCUAGCCCUGCAUUGCUGCCUGAUCAUGUUGACAAGCCCUCAAAAACCAAAGAAGACGAAGGAGGUCCCAUUCAGCCAAAAACAACUAUCCCCCUUGGAAAUCGACAAGACCAACUUUUAUGUCUAAACAAACAAAGGGAACACAAAGACUUUGAAGCAAUUAAAAGACAGGACCCAACCUUCCCCCCAAGAUCACCUGCAAUAAGAAGAUUCAGACCUCAACCAAUUGAGGUGAGGUCCCUUUCUAAAGAGCCACCAAAACAAGGGAUAACCACAAAUAGCGCUGCAAACAGGCCACAAACCAUUAAAGUCAAAUCAAUCGCUAAAAACUCAGAAAAGCCAGCCGUACCUCCCAAACCAAUUUGUAAAUUCAAACCUGCAGAUUUAGGAGCAAAGACAAAUGAAACACUUGCCAUGACAAAUGGAAAACUUCAGAGUGAGGAGAGGCCUCAAACAAUAGUUGUGUCAUCACCCACAAUCUACAGGAAGAUCCCCAGUGAGUCCUCAGCAUCUAAUCAAACGAAAAAACUAUCUGUCUCUGCUGUAUCCAGCCUCAAACCUCCACCAAGCAAAAUAACAACAACGCCGAGUGUCACAAAUCUGGGUGCAUCAUCAUCAUCAAGUAAUGAGGCCUCCAAAGGUCAUCAGCAGAACCCAGGAACUGCCCCUGUGAGAUUAACAUAUGCUACGACCGCACCAUCAGUUCCCGUGCCAAGUAUUCCCUUAACCGAGGAACGAAAUUCUGAUACAGGACCAAAACAGGUGCCUGAAUCUUCUACAGAAGUCAGAACUUCAAGCCAUCCCACUGUUGUUGAGCCAAACCCGCAUGAAACAGCAGUGACAACAUAUUCAAACAAUCCAGAACCACCUGCUGCUAUCUCCACAUCACAAGCCCCCGGACACACACAGCAGCAAUACCGUAGGUCAGUGUCCGGUGAACACACUCAAAGAGCUGCUGACACGCAUUCUUAUGCCUCUGAUGACCCUCCAAGUUAUGAUGAAAGAGAGAGUUUUAGUCCCCUGAUGCCAGAUUUGACCCACAGGAGGCCAAAUCGCUAUCAGAACCCCUCGUUUCCUCCUCCUUGUUCCUGUACAGCUGGCUGCCCUGCUCAGCCAGCUUGCCCCCCGCCUGCACCCCAUCACCACCACAGCCCACACAACGUCACCCCACCGGUGCCUCCACACUCCCCAGGUCAUGCCAUACCCUAUCAAGCACCCCAGCCUCUUCUGCGUCCCCAUCAGCCCUUAAACUUCCAGCCCAGUUCAUCACCCAAGUCAAGUCCUCAAGGUCCAAGCCAACCACCCGCCAUGUACCAGCCUCUUCACCAGCCUCCGGUAUGUCCUCCACACGUGCCCAUUGACCCUCGACGGCUUCCUCACCAUAGAUCCCCCCAGCAGCAGCCACCCAGCAUGCCAGGUGCUCCUUACAGUGAUCCUGGCCACAGCCAUUCCCCUGGCCUCCCUCCCAUGGAUCCUCAAUACAUGUGUGGGCAGUAUGGCUCUGAGUACGGGGGUGACACAUCCAGUUUGUAUUCAGAGAGCAGUUAUGGGCAAACACCUCGACGAGUCCUCCUUGAUCCUGAAACAGGGAAGUAUUUUUAUAUUGAAGUCCCUAUGCAACCCUUGAGGAAGAUGUUGUUUGACCCAGAAACUGGCCAGUAUGUGGAAGUUCUCAUCCCCCAACAGGGCAUGUCUCACUCAGGCAUUUACCCUCCGACAGCAGCCCCAUACACGUCCCUCCACAACCCCAACAUGUAUGGACCAGCGCCACAGUACAUGCCCUAUGCUGCUCCCGUUGCUCAUCCUCAGUCUCAACACCAGCCGCCUCGAUAUCCUGAGGCUUUAUCUGCAGCGUCAAUGCACCCAAAUGCCCCCAGUAGCAACUACAGGAAUUGCUCUGGUCAGGGAUCCAAACCAGAAGGUCCAAACCAUCCACCAAUGGAGCAGAGCUACCUGGAGGGUAUGUAUUACGUUCCGACAGGGAUGAAUGCUAGCUCCAAUCAAACUCCGCCGGUCUACUACCAUAAACAUCCACCCGGCCUUCCCCCAUCAGGGGGCAAAAGGUCCUGA